AUGUCGAAAAGAUCAAAUCACGCUAUCGUCUUCGGCGCAUCUGGUCUGAUUGGGUGGGCCCUGGUAGACCAGCUACUGAAUUCAUACCCUACUGCUGAUUCUUUUUCCAAGAUCACGGCGGUCACAAACCGUCCACUUAAUUUCUCUAAAUCUUAUUGGCCUGAACCUGACUCGAAUAGGCCUCAGCUGCAACUUGUUUCAGGAAUCAAUCUUCGUCAUGGCGAUGGGGCAACGUUGGCAGAUUCGUUGAAGCAGGAAGUAGAGGACAUCGGAAGCAUCACCCACCUUUACUAUCUAGUCUUCACUGCAAUCGAGGAUGACAUCGAAGAGGCUGCGGUCAAUCGGCGUAUGUUUCAGAAUGUCAUCGAUGCCCUCGGCUUGGUAAGCCCCCAUUUACAAUUCGUGGUAUUUCCUGGUGGAACACGGGGGUACGGUAUCUAUGCUGCUGGGGGCUCUUUCAGCCCUCCACUGAAUGAGGAUAUGGUGAACAACCUCCCUCUCGAUUACGCCAAGACUGUUGUGUACCCAAUGUAUCGUGCUAUGCUUGAUAAAGCGAGCCAAGAAAAGAAAUGGACAUGGUGCGAGGUUUGUCCGGAUGCAAUCAUUGGUUUCACUCCGAACGGGUCUCAAUUCAGCUUGGCGCUGCACUGGGCCCAGUACUUGUCUCUAUACGCUUACAACCAUGCUAUCGGACCACAUACGAAAGAAAGCCAAGCCACCGCCGUCAAGGUACCCUUCCCAGGUAAUACCGCUGGCGCCAACUCCCUGUUCUCCCCGGUAUCCAGCGACACAAUCGCACGCUUCAUGAUUUAUGCCUCGCUACACCCCGAAACUUGUGGUAAUGGUCGACUAUUCAAUAUUUCUGACAACGAAACACCCUGUAAAUAUGGUGAUUUAUGGCCACGGUUAGCGAGAUGGUUUGGCUUAGAAGGCAUGGGACCCGCGGAAGAUUUGCAAACUGGAAGUAAUCCCCUAAGAGUCGGUGAGCUUCCUCAAUCGCUCUCGUUACCCCUUCCUGGAGAGUAUAUAGCCAGAUACAGGGCUGUCUUUGAGAAAUGUGGAUGUAAAAAUGCUGCGAGUGCGGGCGUGGGCGCUGGAACCGGCAAUUAG